AUGCUCUGUACAAAAUUCACACCAACCCGCUACCAGAAUUUACUAGCACUCAUCUCAUUUGCUCUUGUUCAAAUACACUGCAUCAAAACUGUGCUUGCAGCUUUCAGAAAAAUAGAAGAUAAAACAAGAUAUAUAGCCCGGAGUCAUACAGUUACAAGAAGCUCAUUUAGAAAAAGGGAUCAAACUGCGGUGCAUUCUGCGCAAUGUAUUAUGCAGUCGCGGGGCGGGCGCCUCGGUAAGCGGCUCGGAAUCACUCCCGAGGAACACCGCUUAGAUUCGUUGAAAUCGUUCCAUUUCAAAAGUUCAAAGAAUGCUAUAUUGCGUAUAUCGCGUCUGAAUAUCUCGGGAACUACCUGCAAUAGAUCAGAUGAUAGUAUUUCGCUGCAGUUCCUUGCGUGA